AUGGAGCGAGACGGCCAGGACGCGAACGUGGCGUUGCUGCCGGGGAGGCGCGCACGCGCUGACACCCGCCACCCGGUGUACCGCGGCAUCCGGUUCCGCGGCGGCAAGUGGGUGUCGGAGAUCAGAGAGCCGGGCAAGUCCAGCAGGAUCUGGCUGGGAACGUACCGGACGCCGGAGAUGGCUGCCGCCGCGUACGACGUCGCCGCAUUGGCGCUGAGGGGCGCCGAGGCCGCCGGCCCCGCGCUCAACUUCCCCUACGAGGCACUGUCGCGCCCAGCGCCGGUCUCGCGCGCGCCGGACGACAUCAGAGCGGCCGCCACGGCCGCUGCGGCGGCCAUGGUGGACGGUGCCGGGAAUUUGCAGGUGGCUGAUAGCGCCUGUUCUGGGGCGGGUGAUCAGCGGCGCGUGGUGGACGUGGACGACGUGUUCGAGAUGCCGCGGCUGCUGGCGAGCAUGGCGGAGGGGCUGAUGAUGAGCCCGCCGAGGCUGGGCGCGGCGCCGGUGGAGGCGGAAGACGAGCACGGCAUGAGCUUGUGGGAACACUGCUGA